UUUGAAUGAAACCUGUUGGAGGUUCCAAUUAAAUCUGUGGACAAAGGGCAGGCGCCUAGCAUCCUCAGAUACAAGGUAGCAAUAAAUCCGUCAGCACGUCCACGUCCAGAGACCAGAGUUCCCUGGGCUUUGCCAGCAGCUGCCGGCUCCUCUCAGCAAGAUAGGCUGUAGGGGAGUCUCACCCACCUGGGCAGACCUCCUGCUGUUUCGGUACAGCUGCAGAACAUCUGUGCCCACCACAGUACCCUCCCUAAGAGCCUGGAGCGGAAGACAUACCCCAGCCCAGCCCUCACCAUGCUCCGUGCAGUCCUGGGCACACCCCAGAGGUUGCUCAGGGACGGGGUAGCAUCCAGGCACCUGGUGCUGGUGGUGGUGUUCGUGGCCCUACUCCUGGACAACAUGCUGCUUACUGUGGUGGUGCCCAUCGUGCCCACCUUCCUGUACACCACGGAGUUCCAAGGGGUCAACACCUCCCUGCCCCAUGGCCGGGCCCUCACCUCGCCUGCCUUUUCUGCCAUCUUCUCUUUCUUCGACAACUCCACCGUGGCUGUUGGAGACAGAGGGCCCAAGGCCACAGCACGGACAAACAGCACGUCUGUCACCACCCCCGCUCCAGUUACUGCACCCUUCUCCGCCCGCAAUGGCAACUGUUGGCAAGACACGGAGUUCCUGGGGGAAGAGAACCUCCGAGUCGGGGUUCUGUUUGCUUCGAAGGCUCUGAUGCAACUUCUGGUUAACCCCUUCGUGGGCCCACUCACUAACAGGAUUGGAUAUCACAUUCCCAUGUUUGCUGGCUUCGUUAUCAUGUUUCUCUCCACAGUUAUGUUUGCAUUUUCUGGCACCUACGCCUUGCUGUUCGUGGCUCGGACUCUUCAAGGCAUUGGAUCUUCGUUUUCAUCUGUUGCAGGUCUGGGGAUGCUGGCCAGUGUCUACACUGAUGACCAUGAGAGAGGUCGAGCCAUGGGGAUCGCCCUGGGUGGCCUGGCUUUGGGAGUUCUGGUGGGAGCUCCCUUUGGAAGUGUGAUGUAUGAGUUUGUCGGGAAGUCUGCCCCCUUCCUCAUCUUGGCCUUGCUGGCGCUUCUGGAUGGAGCACUCCAGCUGUGCAUCUUACGUCCUUCCAAAGUCUCUCCCGAGAGCACCCAGGGGACUCCACUCUUCAUGCUUCUCAGAGACCCUUAUAUACUGGUGGCUGCAGGCUCCAUCUGCUUUGCCAACAUGGGCGUGGCCAUGCUGGAACCUACACUGCCCAUUUGGAUGAUGCAGACCAUGUGCUCCCCUGAGUGGCAGCUGGGUCUGGCUUUCCUGCCUGCCAGUGUGUCCUACCUCAUUGGCACCAACCUCUUUGGCGUGUUGGCCAACAAGAUGGGUCGGUGGUUGUGUUCCCUGAUUGGGAUGGUGGUAGUAGGAGUCAGCUUGCUCUGCGUUCCUCUGGCUCCCAAUAUUUUCAGCCUCAUUGGUCCCAACGCAGGACUUGGCUUUGCCAUAGGCAUGGUGGACUCCUCCCUGAUGCCCAUCAUGGGUCACCUGGUGGACCUGCGCCACACCUCGGUGUAUGGGAGUGUCUAUGCCAUUGCAGAUGUGGCCUUUUGCUUGGGCUUUGCAGUAGGCCCGUCCACUGCGGGUGCCAUCGUGCGAGCCAUCGGUUUCCCCGGGCUCAUGGUGAUCAUCGGGGUCAUCAACAUCGCCUACGCGCCCCUCUGCUACUGCCUGCGGAGUCCCCCAGCCAAGGAGGAGAAGCUCGCUAUCCUGAACCAGGGAUGCCCCAUGGACACUCGUGCAUUUGCAACCCAGAGGACCCCCAAAGCGUUUCCCCUGGGCGAGGACAGCGAUGAGGGGCCCGACAGCGAGGAGUAGACGCAGAAGAUGGACCCUGAGCCCUGGACGUCAGAAACCCCCUCCUCCCCUGAACCUCCUCUCCCUGCCUGUGUCACCCCUAGCUCCCCCUGCACACUUUGAAAUGACCCCCAUAGGUGGGGGCGGGCUGAGUGGCACUUUCUCUCCAGCUGCUGUGAGUUUGAUUAAACUGGAGUCCUGGCGGCUUCUACAGGGGUUGGCUCAUUGCAUGGAGGCGGCCGUGGGCAGUGCACACUGGAAACCAGUGCAGCCACUGACGGAUUUUCCUUUAGCAAGGCGGGCUUUUGUGCUCUGUCCCCAGGCGUGUUGUCCCCUGGGGUGAGAGGGGUCCUUCACAUUGUCCUGUUUCCAAACAGCCAGCUUGGAGGGAUAUUCUGCCCUUUUUUUUUUUUUUAUAAGCAGAGCGGUUUUUCUGUGGCUAAGUCUACAGCUGCUCGGGUGACUUAAGCUUAGCGAGUGGGCACGUCCUGUCUUCUUCAUUCCUCCGUGGACGAGAAGGCACGUGCUUGACUCAUGUUCUCGGGGCUCCCCUGUGUGUUUCUGCACUUUCUUGAGCCUCUUAGACAUCAAAGUAGGAGAAAGAAAGAAAAAAAAGAAAAUCCCACAAAAACCCCCAACAACCUUCUGAGACCCAAGAUUUCA